GGGCAGUCUCUCCAGACCGCGUGCCCUUCUGACCUUCCCGGUGGCUCCCACAGCGCCUUGGGCUCAGACACACAGAGGCCCCUCGGUCCACUGUUGACCGGGCGUGGGCUGGUGGGGUUCAGAGGUGGUGCAGAGGCAGCAGAGUCUCAGAACAACUGUCUCUGCUGCACGGUGCUCAGCCGAGUCCGGGGACUAAGGUGACGUUCCUGCAAGUCCCCUUCAAGGGACCUGGAGGCUGGCGGAUCAGGUGGAAAGGUUUACGCCCCCGGCGUGUGCACACAGAGAGCAGUUGGGAGUCUGAAGCCAUCACUGAGGUGGACUUGGAGCCCGGCUGACGGGAUGAGCCACGAUUUCUGAAGACUGCUUCCUGGAAAUGAUCGGGAAGUUUCCAGAGCUACACGAUACAGAAUUUCUUCAGAAGGCUGUAACGAAGCACAUUGGCUAAGAACCGGGGGGCCUUUGGCACCUGCAGUGCUGGGAGCAGCCUGACCUCACCCAGGUGCUGAGCGAUGCUGGGCCUCAGUGGUCACACAGCCCACCAGCUCCAGGCUGUGCUGUGGGUCAAGGCCGCAGGGCUCUGAGCAGCAACCACCACACCCGCUGUGGGCUCCCCUGCCCUCGGGCCUCCAUUGCCCAAGCCCCCACUGCGGCCCCAGCCGAUGAGGAUGCGGUCCCCCAUCUGGAGGCUGCUCACUGCCCUCGCCGUGGUGUUCGGGACAGCGGUGGCGUUUGCACCCAUACCUAGGCUCACCUGGGAGCACAGAGAGGUUCAGCUGGUGCAGUUUCACGAGCCGGGCAUCUUCAACUACUCAGUCUUGCUGCUGAGUGAGGACAAGGACACCUUGUACGUGGGCGCCCGGGAAGCUGUGUUUGCCUUGAACGCGCACAACAUCUCCAGGAAGCAGCACGAGGCGUAUUGGAAGGUCUCGGAAGAUAAAAAAGCAAAAUGUGCGGAAAAGGGGAAGUCAAAACAGACAGAAUGCCUUAACUACAUCCGCGUGCUGCAGCCGCUCAGUGCCAGUGCCCUUUAUGUGUGCGGUACCAACGCCUUCCAGCCAACCUGUGACCACCUGAACUUAACAUCCUUUGCAUUUCUGGGGAAAAAUGAGGACGGGAAAGGAAGGUGUCCCUUCGACCCAGCACAGAGCUACACGUCUGUCAUGGUUGAUGGAGAGCUUUAUUCUGGGACAUCAUAUAACUUUUUGGGAAGCGAACCCAUCAUCUCCCGAAAUUCUUCCCACAGUCCUCUGAGAACAGAGUACGCGAUACCUUGGCUUAACGAGCCCAGCUUCGUGUUUGCUGACGUGAUACGCGAGAGCCCGGAAGGCGGGGGCGGUGGGGAUGACAGGGUCUACUUCUUCUUCACGGAGGUGUCUGUGGAGUACGAGUUUGUCUUCAAGCUGCUGAUCCCCCGGGUAGCGAGGGUGUGCAAGGGGGACCAGGGCGGCCUGCGGACCUUACAGAAGAAGUGGACCUCCUUCCUGAAGGCCAGGCUGAUCUGCUCCCGGCCGGACAGCAACCUCGUCUUCAAUGUGCUGCGGGACGUCUUCGUCCUCAGGGCUCCGGACCUAAAGGAGCCCGUGUUUUACGGGGUCUUCACCCCACAGCUGAACAACGUGGGGCUGUCGGCUGUGUGCGCCUACAACCUGUCCACGGCCGAGGCAGUCUUCUCCCGAGGGAAGUACAUGCAGAGUGCCACAGUGGAGCAGUCCCACACCAAGUGGGUGCGCUACAACGGGGCUGUCCCCACGCCACGGCCCGGGGCGUGCAUCUCCCGAGAGGCGCGGGCGGCCAACUUCUCCAGUUCUCUGAACCUCCCGGACAAGACUCUGCAGUUCGUCAAAGACCACCCUCUGAUGGACGACUCCGUGGCCCCGACAGACGGCAGGCCCCGGCUGGUCAAAAGCGACGUGAACUACACGCAGGUCGUGGUGGACAGGACCUGGGCCCUGGAUGGGACCGUCCAUGACGUCAUGUUUGUCAGCACAGACCGGGGCGCCCUGCACAAAGCCAUCAGCCUCGGUAACAGCGUUCACAUCAUCGAGGAGACGCAGCUCUUCCAGGACUUCGAGCCAGUGCAGACCCUGUUGCUGUCCUCCAAGGAGGGCAGAAAGUUUGUCUAUGCCGGUUCCAACUCGGGUGUGGUACAGGCCCCACUGGCCUUCUGUGGAAAGCAUGGCACCUGCCAGGACUGCGUGCUCGCUCGGGACCCCUACUGCGCCUGGAGCCCCACCACGGCCACCUGCAUCACUCUGCACCAGAUGGAUCGCCCCAGCAGGGGUUUGAUUCAGGAAAUGAACGGGGAUGCAUCUGCUUGCCCCGAUAAAAUUAAAGAAAGUUACCGGCAGCAUUUUUUCAAGCACGGCAGCACAGCAGAACUCAAAUGCUCGCAAAAGUCCAACCUGGCCCGGGUGGUGUGGAAGUUCCAGAAUGGCGUGCUCAAGGCCGAGAGCCCCAAGUACAGCCUGGUGGGCAGGAAGCACCUGCUCAUCUUCAACCUGUCGGAAGGGGACAGUGGGGUGUACCUGUGCCUGUCGGAGGAGAGGGUCAAGAACAAGACAGUCUUACAGGUGGUGGCCAAGCACGUGCUGGACGUCAGGAUGGUCCCCCGGACCCUGGCUGCUUCCGCCUCGCCAGCCGCACAGACAGAGGGUCGUGAGAGCACCUCCGAAGUGCCGGCGGGGCUCACCCCAAGCUCCCCUCCGCAGACCCCGGCCGUGAGGGUCACCACCCCGGGGGCCGUCGCCCCCCCUUCCGGCCCCGAGGCGCCCACCAGCACGUCCUGCGAGCCAAAGAUUGUCAUCAACACCGUCCCCCAGGUCCACUCGGAGAAGACGAUGUAUCUCAAGUCUGGCGACAACCGCCUCCUCAUGGUUCUCUUCCUCCUCUUCUUCGUCGUCUUCCUCUGCCUCUUCUCCUACAACUGCUACAAGGGCUACCUGCCCGGGCAGUGCUUAAAAUUCCGCUCGGCCGUGCUGCUGGGGAAGAAGCCGCCCGCGGCCGACUUUUCCGACUGCGAGCAGAGCGUCAAGGAGACGCUGGUGGAGCAGGGCAGCUUCUCCCAGCAGAACGGAGGGCAGCCCAAGCCGGCCCUGGACACGGGCUACGAGACGGAGCAGGACACCCUGGCCAGCAGGCUGCCCACCGACAGGGAGGACUCGCAGAGGAUCGACGAGCUCCCCGCCAGGGACCGGCCGUUCGACGUCAAGUGCGAGCUCAAGUUCGCUGACUCGGACGCGGACGCGGACGGGGACUGAGGCACCCGCCGCUCGCAGGGAGGUCUUUGUGUCGCCAGUUCUGUGACCCUGCCCGGUGCCGCCUACGUAGCUGUCGUCAGCAGACCUCAGUCUUCGUGUCUUUCCUCUUGGGUCGCGCUUGUGACUUGGUUUCUCUUUGUCCCUCGGAAAACCGCGAGCAGCUCCGUCGCGCCCGGCCUCCCCGGCGGGUCAGAGCGCUUGGAGCUGUGUCCUCAGGCUCGGCCGAGCACACUCUGAGGCGGAAGGAUGGCGGGGCUGCCCGCUGGCCUGGCAAGAGGGGGUCCUCCUGGCAGCCACCGAAAGAUAAUUUAAUUCCAGAUUGGAAAUGACCUUUUAGUUUAUCAGAUUGGUAACUUAUCACCUGUCGUCCAGGUUGGCACGGACUUUUCUUCCACGACAUUAUUUUUUAAUAUUUUGCUUUCAUUAUGUUGGUGUGUUAGGUCCUUUAUUUUUUAAAUUGCUACAGCAGAUGUUUUAAUACUUAGAAGAUGGCCAUCUUCUGGAUUUUGUUGUAUAUUGGGGGAGACAUGGCUUAUGUUGCUUAAGAUUCUCAGGGAUAAACUUACUUUGCUAGAUGCGUUCUUUUCUGCUUUUAGAGACUAGACGAAACCAUUUCCUGGGCGCACGUGUUUUCCGGGGGGGGGGGGGGUUCGGUUUUGUCUUGUCUUGUUGUAAUUUUAUUCCUUGAGGGAAGCAUCAUUGUCGGAGAGAUUUUCUUUCUGUGCCUUUUCACUCUUGUUUUAACUCUUUUGAGGACGAGGCUGUGGAGGACGGUCCCGGGACACGGGGCGGGACUUUGAGGGAGGAAGAGGGGCCCAGCGUGCUCUGGGCAAAACCGGGCUGGCCCAGGGAACCGAGAGGACGGGCCGGGCGGGUUACAAUCCGACGCCCACAGCCACCGGUCCGGACCUCCCGUCCAGACAGACAGAGUGUUUUCUGCGGAUGUCUUGGUCGUCUGAACAUCUCCGUUUUCUUCUUGCUUCCAUCUCAUGCCCUCUGCCCGCCCAGACUCUCCGCUUAGCCUAACAGCUGUCCACAGCUGGAAGAGAGCUGGGCAGCCCUGGACGGCCCGGCCAGUGACCAGCGCCCCUCCUGCAGAAGCCGCCACCGCAGACCUGCCUGGCCCGGCGCCGUCUUUUAAGAUGCCAGUGGGGUGGCACAGUCUUAGCACCAUCAGUGUCACACUCCACUUCCUGCUCUCCAGACGCCUGCAAGGGGAGCCUUUCUUUCCGUGGCAAAGAGCAAUAAACUCUUAAUGUGUGUGUGUCUGUGUGGACCGUGUCAUCUUCCAGCAUGAUAGGAUUCGACCGUUUUGGUGUAAACACUUGUGUUUGAUAAGAUUUACUUUGUUUUUAUUUUUCUACUUUGAAUUGUAUACAUUUGGAAAGUAACCAAAUAAACGAGAAUCUUCUAUCCUUGA